AUGAAACCAUUCAAAAAACAAAACCCUGUUGGACCAUUUGUGGGGAAAGUGGUAGUAAAAGCGAAUGAUAACCUUCUGUCGGAAACUUAUUAUCAUGGUAUUGUUAAUUGUGUCGAUGUGGGAAAAUUGUUGAUAAGAGAUGGAGAUUUUCUGUUGGGUAUUCCGGAAGAAGACGAAGAAGAGUCGAUUGUAUGGGUGGUGCGUUAUAAUCGUGAUCUAUGGGCAUUUAAUAUUGGUCUAACCGAAAAGGGUCUAUUUUUCGUGAAUCACAAAUGCUUCAAAAAAAUUAGCGAAAUGAUCUCAGAUUAUGUUCGCACACGUAAACCAAUUCAUGAAACGCAGCCCAUCGUUGUAAAGCGACCUGUUCCUCAUCCGGCCUGGGUAGUAUCACACGAUCGAGUACGUCUGAAAGAUGAGCUUGGUCAAGGGGCAUUUGGUCGUGUGUAUAAAGGUGUACUACAAGUUGGUCAUACUUACAUGACAGUUGCUGUGAAAACAUGCGCUGGACAAGCCAGCGAUAAAACUAAACGAGCUUCAUUCCUUCAAGAAGCCAAGGUUAUGAGGGACUAUAAGCAUGAGAAUUUGGUGCAGUUUAUUGGUAUCGCAUGUCAGAAAGAGCCAUUGAUGAUAAUUGUCGAAUUCUGUGGUGGCGGAUCCCUAUUAAAGUAUUUACGAAAUAAAGGAGCGCAUCUCGGAAUAGCAACCAGAUAUCGUUUUGGUAAGGAAGCAUCGGCUGGUCUGAAAUAUUUGGAGGAGAAAAGAUGUAUCCAUCGAGAUGUAGCUGCUAGAAAUUGUCUUCUUACGGAGCAUGAAUUAGCGGAAUUAUUUUUCAUUCAGUUAAAAAUAUGCGAUUUUGGAUUGUCGAUCAAGGAACAGCAAGUUUCCAAUUCCGAAAUACAGUUGCCGACAAAAUGGCUUUCACCGGAAGCAAUUAAAUCAAUGCAAUUUACCACCAAAAGUGAUGUUUGGGCAUUUGGUGUACUGUUGUUCGAGAUAUUUACCGAUGGCAGCGAACCAUAUCAUGGUAUGAGUAAUGCAGAAGUGCGAGAAAAAUUAACUGAUGGGAGCAAGUAUCGAAUGGAAAUACCUCUUGACGUACCGCCGGGUAUCAUGGAAUUGAUCAAAAAGUGCUGGAUGGAAGAACCAAAGCAAAGACCAACAUUUAAAGAGAUUAAUCGGACACUUACCAAAAUAGCAUUUGUUUGA